UAAAAAAAUAAAAAUAAAAAUGAAAAGCAAGCCUGAGGACAUUCAGUACGUAGUGACCUACAAUUUAAAACCUGUAUAAAUAGAAUGUCCACAAAAAGAACAUGUGGUCUAAAUGCAAUUAACCUGCCUCCACCCCCACCCCCCAGAAGCCCCAUAACCUUAAAAGAAAACAGCCAAAUUCCAGUUUUCAGACAAUUUGCUCAAAACAAAAGUUCUCUGAUUCGGAGGCCUAAAACCCGCUGAGCCCUGAGGCCUCCGCCUAAAAUAGCAAAACCUCCCAAAUUCAACAUUCCUAUUUCAACUCUCUAUCAUCUUGCUUUCUCAAUCAAACCCAUCAGUUCCACUACACAAUCUCUUUGACUGAACAUAUUCCGCACGCAGCGACCUAUAUGGCCGCCGGAAUUGCUUCCGCCGCCGUCACUCGAACCGUUUGUUUCCACUUCAAUCCACUCCUUAGCUUAAAACCCACCUCCGUCAGCAAGCCUACCAUAAUUUUCUCCCCCAAUGCUAGGCAAUUUAGAAACAUUCUGAGUCAUCGCAGAAAGCCCAGGGUGACUGUUUGCGUCGUCGUUGAGGAUGAAAAAUUUCAAUCUCCGGCGGGAACAAGCGGCCAGGAGGAUACAGAUGCCCUUAAUCGUGAGAAAGAGAUGGCCAGACAGAUCUCCGCUAAAAGGGUGGCGGAGAAACUAGCCAGAAAGAGAUCCGAGAGGUUUACUUAUCUUGUCGCCGCCGUCAUGUCUACUUUUGGGAUUACUUCCAUGGCGGUUCUAGCUGUGUAUUAUAGAUUUUCAUGGCAAAUGGAGGGCGGAGAGGUGCCUUACUUGGAAAUGUUUGGUACAUUUGCACUUUCAGUCGGCGCUGCUGUAGGAAUGGAAUUCUGGGCGAGAUGGGCUCACGAAGCGCUCUGGCACGCUUCGUUAUGGCACAUGCACGAGUCACACCAUAAACCAAGAGAAGGACCUUUUGAACUGAAUGACGUUUUUGCCAUAACCAAUGCCGUCCCCGCGAUAGCCCUGCUCUCUUAUGGCUUCUUCCACAAAGGCCUAAUUCCUGGCCUCUGUUUUGGUGCUGUAAGUAUUGGCUGUUUUUUUCUCUUCAUUGUUACGUUUUGGUGGUGUAAGCAUUGUUAUGAGAUGGUUGCCCAUGGAUAACCUCACGAUUUUUGUUUUUGCGUUGUAGGGCCUUGGAAUUACAGUGUUUGGCAUGGCUUACAUGUUCGUUCACGACGGUCUCGUUCACAAGAGGUUCCCGGUUGGUCCAAUUGCAAAUGUUCCGUAUUUCAGGAGAGUCGCUGCAGCACAUCAGGUAUACAUUACUGGUCGCUUCAUGGUUUCGAUUAGUAUAAUUUAAUGCUGUAUCUUGUCAAUUAUCCAUUUAUAUGCUAGAACGUGGUUUUGGCACUCUGCCAUUUUGGCAUAAUUUUUAGAGAUUAUUGGGAAAACGAUGAGGCUGUGUUGAAAAUACAAAGAGGUGUUUGAUAAUGUAAACAUGUGCAUUGCGAAUAGACUGAAACCAAAGCAAUUUGAUUGUAUUAUCAUCCCAACUGAACCUAACUCUGAUCUUGUUUGGUUUUGAUGUUUGGGAUUACAGCUUCAUCAUUCGGAGAAGUUCAAAGGAGUACCGUAUGGGUUGUUCUUAGGUCCUCAGGUUUGUCCCUCAGGCCUCAACUAGACCCUCUCAUACUGUCUGUUAGGUCGUGUGUUGGUAUGAUAUAAAUAGAUAAUGAAUCUACACUGUGAUUCACACCUAGAAUUAUGAAUUCACAACUGAUGCAGGAGCUGGAGAAGGUCGGUGGGCUGGAAGAGUUGGAAAAGGAAAUCGAAAGGAGAAUUAAGUAUGCUAAGAAAGGAUCAUGAAAACCAAGGCGAAAUUCGCAGAUAUUUUUUGACGUUGGCGUGAUACAAUGUGUUGCACUGCGUGUAGAGAAGAAAAAAUUGAACAGUGGGCAGUGACAUUGAAGUGGAGUAGUGAUUUCAUCUUCUUAUUCCGGAAAUUAUAGUCUGGAGAAAACAAGAAAACAGUGACUGAGACUAGAGAUUUUUAAUGGCAUUCUUGCAAAUGAAAAUGCUUUAGACGCAUAGGAUAUUUAAUUAGAGCCAAACUGGUCCGUUAGGAUGGAACAAUCUUAUGGGAAUUAUCAUCAGCUCAGUAAGUAUGAAAUUUUGUCAAGCAGAUGUCCCCAUCAUUAGUAACUAUUGAAUGGAUUUCAAGAACAGUUUAGAUAUCCUCUUGUUAACAAGGUUUUGUAAGAUGUACAUGUGUACAGACACCAUCUUUGAUGGUCUAACAAGUGGCUCGCUUGUUUCUGGACUAUUUAUACAAUUAAAAUUUCCGUAUAACAAAUUGCACGCGACAUCAAGUCGGCUUAAAAUAUAACACCUUGCAAGUAGCAAGGUUGAAAAUUAGAACUCCCUCCGAUCCUCAAUAUAAGAUAUUUUGAUAUAUCUUAAGUUUAAUUUGGUACAUAUAUUUAAUGUAAAAAAAUCUUAAAAAUAUUUUAUAAUAAUCAAAAAAAUAUAACG